UUAUUCGGCUUUCAAGUAGGCUCGAUCACGUGAACUUAGGAUUAAAUAUGACAAAAGUUGGAGCAGCCAAAAGCCAAACCCGUCCCUUGCAAGUCCCCAAAGGGUCACAACAAGCCGCGAUUUUGAUCGAGUGCUGACUUCCUUCUCUUCUGUGUAUGAUCCUCCAUUCCAUAUAAGACCUACCCAUCUUCCCCAAUUCUACAAUCGCUUUCUUCCUCAUACACAGCCUCUGCAUUUCGGAAAUGGCCCAUUCCACAUUUUCUCAGGUGGCUGUCGCUGUUCCAGUUGGAAAUGAUUUGUCUGUCAAGAGAUCAGUGUUUAAGACAAAUAGCCUAAGAUUCCAUGAUAAAUCAUGGUCACCUGUCUCAGCUCUGAACUUGAAUCUAAGGGGCACUCGAGCAAGAGGUUGGCAAACAGUAUGCAUGUCCGUGCCACAAACAAGUGCACCGAAGGUAUCUGUUGCACCUUUAGACCUUGAAGAUGCCAAAGAGCCUCCAUUGAAUAUAUACAAACCAAAAUCACCUUACACUGCAACUAUCGUUUCGGUUGAAAGACUCGUUGGUCCAAAAGCACCGGGAGAGACUUGUCAUAUUGUAAUUGAUCAUGGCGGCAAUGUUCCCUAUUGGGAAGGUCAGAGUUAUGGUGUUAUUCCUCCUGGUGAAAACCCGAAGAAACCUGGGAAUCCACACAAUGUUCGCCUUUACUCAAUUGCAUCAACUAGGUAUGGAGAUUCUUUUGAUGGCAAGACAGCUAGUUUAUGUGUUCGUCGUGCUGUUUAUUAUGACCCUGAAACUGGAAAGGAGGAUCCUUUAAAGAAUGGAGUAUGCAGCAACUUCUUAUGCGACUCGAAGCCCGGAGAUAAAGUUCAGAUCACAGGUCCAUCUGGCAAGAUAAUGCUUCUUCCUGAAGACGACCCAAAUGCCACCCACAUAAUGAUCGCUACUGGCACUGGCGUUGCUCCAUUCAGAGGUUAUCUCCGACGAAUGUUCAUGGAGUCUGUACCGACAUUCAAAUUCGGUGGACUUGCUUGGCUGUUUCUCGGAGUGGCAAACGUCGAUAGUCUUUUAUACGACGAUGAAUUCAGCAAGUAUCUGAAGGACUAUCCUGAAAACUUCCGCUACGAUCGAGCUCUUAGUAGGGAGCAAAAGAACAAGAGUGGAGGGAAAAUGUACGUCCAGGACAAAAUUGAGGAGUACAGCGACGAAAUCUUUAAACUCCUGGACGGCGGGGCUCACAUAUACUUCUGUGGACUGAAGGGGAUGAUGCCUGGAAUUCAGGACACUCUGAAGAAGGUUGCCGAGCAAAGAGGUGAGAAAUGGGAAGAGAAGCUUUCACAACUUAAAAAGAACAAACAGUGGCAUGUUGAAGUUUACUGAAGUGAAGUUGCAUAGUAGAAGUGCCUGCAUUCAUCUCCUGUUGUGUGUUACUCUUAGCAUUGCUCAUCUUUCAAAUUUCACAAGAUGAGGAAUAACGUGGGUACCGCCACCGUUAUUCGACUCGUCGAUACUAUUUUUUCUUGAUUACAUAGACUAAGGAAGGAACCUUUCAGCGCCUUAAUCUGUGAUUGUUCGAGUAUGAUGCUUGGAAAUGGAAUAAACCUCAGUUUAGAAUCCAA